AUGCACGACGAUGACAGUGCAGUCGCUGUGUUGAGUUUUCUCCAUGGCUGUGUUCUGGUUGCUGGCUCAGGCAAUGUAGUACUGUACUCCAUUCUCGAAUCUGUUGAGGAUAUUUCCUCAUCGAUUAACAGUGACAUUCAUUGCAUUGCGCCGAUUGGCCCGGCGACAUGCGCCUCAAAGAUCCCUAUGGAACAAUGGGGAUAUGUGGGUGCAGAGUACAUGCGAUACGAAACAGAGAUGCUGGCGUGGCAGGCACAGGAAGGCUUGAGGCGAGAGCUAGUUCACCCAACAUUGGGGGAAGGUUGUCCAUUUCAUGGGCCGGUGCCUUAUGCACCCCCGUUUCGCAAGCCUCAAAAGCCAUCCCGACGCAAGGAUGAUGAUGAUAAGCCCGAGCUAGGCACGACUUGCAGAUAG